CGGGAGUGCAAACAAGGACAAACCCCAUGCCUCCUCCGAAGCAAUUCCAUAUAUACGCCUGCUGGACCGAACAGGCCACCGGAACCCCCCCGAUCCGCAAACACCCAUGUCGGCUCUCAGUGACGCAUCUACACCGGCGCAGGACCCGGCGGCGGCGUCGGCCAUUGACACGCAGCAACUUCAUCAGCUGUCCCACCCCUCAGAAGUACACCAGCAACAACCACAGGGCGUAAACGGUGCAGGAGAGGUCACCACACGCAAAGCCAAGGCACCGUCGGUAAGGCGCGCCUGCACUGCUUGUCAUGCGGGAAAGACAAGGUGCAGCGAAGUACUUCCCUGCCAGAGUUGUCUCAAGAGAGGCAUCGGCGCAACAUGUGCCUACCCCGACCCCGACCCCGACCAUAAUCCAUCGCAGCCUACACCAGGCGUGUCGACUUUCGCACAGUCGACCAUAGGGUACGUGCAUGGAGCACCGACUCUCAGUCAGCAUCAGUAUUACGAUUACAAUGGCACGUUUACUGGUGCUUCCUCCUCCACGUUCCGUCCGAGUAAGCGGCCACGGAACCUGACUGAAGAGGAGGCUGCUGCUAUAACACGGAAUUUUACCCGUGGUGACUUCUUCGUAGGCACGAGCGCUCCGGUCCGCAUAGACCCAAGGCUGCCAGUCCGACUUACAUUGGGGGAGGGUGAUCAUGUACAUUUUAGCAUCACUGAAACCUUGUCGUAGUAUAUCUUCCAUGGACCAUUUACUAUCUACUUUACAGUUGUCCUCGUAGUCAGUGCUUACACGUGUAUCCUCUUCGCUGUUUUUGCUAUGGAAUGUCUCAUCAGAUUACGAACCAUGCGAG